CAUCAGAACGUUUUACACUAGUGUUAAGCUUUUUAUAAUAGGAAAACGGACAAAAUGGCCUGUCCCGUGCACGAAAAUCCGAAGAUAAUGGUAUGUAUACCGUGUAAAUCUGCUGUGUGUGAUGUUUGUAUAGAAGCCGAUCAUAUUGGACACCAAUUCCAAACACUGAAAAGAGCGGCCGAGAAUGUUAUUGGGGAUCUAAAGAAAUCUGUUGAAAUUCAAGAUUAUAUGAAAAUUGAAAAAGAAUUGGAGCAUAUUUCAGCAAAAUGCCAAACAGAAAAGGAGCAUGCAGUCAGAACGAAACAAGAACUUCUUGACAGACGAGAUCAUAUUAAACAAGUAUUAGAUCACGUGACAGAAAAAGCUGUAACCAAACUGGAACAACACAACAACAUUCUGUUUGAGGAAUUAGAAAAAGUGAAAAACAAUGCAGAAGAAAACUGUAAAGCCAUUCGAGAUUUUAAAGAUGAAGUUCAAAGGCUUACUACCUCACACAUGUACCUUGAUGUUUUGGAAAAAGGAUGGAAAAUGAACCCUCCGGUAAUCAUUCCAUUGGAAUAUCAGAAUGUAUCCACACUCAUUUUCACACCUGGUAUACCAGUAGAUGAAACUAACAUAGACAUGUUGUUUGGUCAGCUUGAGCACCAGAAUUUGGAUUCCACGUUCCACAAUGAAGGCACAACUUCCUCCCCAGAGUUGGAACAAUGUGAUACCAAUAUGUUUUCAAUCCUUAGUAUCAGUUCCACUGAUCUGUUUGGAGAGGGACCUGAAGGAGACCCGCCAGCUUGUCAGACUGAUGAGCCCAUACAUUUUAAAUCAUCAAACAAUAGCAAAAGGCUCAAAUGUGAUGUAAAGCUAACAUAUAGGCAUUCCUUCAAACGUGAUUCUGCCGCAUUGGUGAUGAAACCAACGACAGGCGGUAAAUGUUGGGUCAAGUCUAUUAAUGAAAAACCAAUUUACCUUGUAGAUAUAACGGGUGACGUAAUUGGGGUAAUACCAGCUGACACUGCGGAAGAAUUCGAUGUUUUGUGCUUCCAUGUGGAAAACGAAAUCCUAAGGACAUGUCCUAGUAGGAAGUGUAUCAAACGUGUAAGGUUGAAAGAAAACAAAAAUAAAGGGAAAACAAGUUUCGUGACUGCUAUAUGGAUUCGUACAGAUCCUUUGAUGCCUUAUUAUUUGUGCGGGGCGCCAAAUGGUGACAUCAUUGUCACACUUACCGACAAAAAGUCCUGGUCAAUAGAACCCGCCUCUACGACAGUACUGGUCAGGUACAACAGAAAUGGGAAGGAACUAGCUAGAGUUGAAAAGGAUGGACAUGGUCAAGACUUGUUCGUUAUUCCUUUCAAGAUUAGCACAAACACUACAGGUUCAGUGGCUGUUGUGAAUUUUACUAAAGAGAGACUAGGGGGUAGUCAUUUGGUGCUGUUAGAUAACAAUCUCAACCUCACACACCGAUACAUUGCCCACGGAGUCACUCUUCCUGCUGAAGAUCCACUACCUGAACUAACUGAAAACUUUGGGAUUUCCGACGUGUUGUUCAAUCACCAGAAUCUCAUACUUGUCAGUGAGGUUCAAUCAAGAACAGUACAGCUGUUAGAUCCUAUGUGUAACCUACUGAAGGUUUUGGUUACAGACCCCCAAACCUCUCCAAUUUCUCUGGCUCUACAUGUUAAUGGGGAUCUCUGGAUUGGAUUAUCUGGAGGAGAAAUACAAGUUUUCCAACACACCAUUGAUUUCGUGCCUGAGGAAAAUUAACACUUGAACACAAACUGAAGUAAGACGUUUGAGAGAGAGAGAGAGAGAGAGAGAGAGAGAGAGAGAGAGAGUGAGAGAGAGAGAGAGAGAGAGAGGUCAUCAGUCAUAUUCAUCACUUAGCAACAUCAGUCAGAUUCUCAUCAGUCAGUGCCAUCAGCCAGUCACAUCAAUAUUGUAUGGUAUUACAAGAAAGAUAUUGUGAUAAUAUUGUAUUACAAGAAAGAUAUUGUGAUAAUAUUGUAUUACAAGACAGAUAUCGUGAUACUUUUUAAUUUCAAGAAACAUCUAAUAUUGUGAUAAUAUUGUGUUACAAAAGAGGUGUUGUGAUAGUAUUGUUUAACAAGAAAGGUAUUUCAAUUGUAAUGUCAUGUAAAAACGUCAUUGUGCUGUAAUUGUCUUGUAAUAAUGGAUAGUGGGGUAUUGUUUUAUAAGAAUGAUAUUGAGGGGGUAUUUUUUGUAUGAAUGACGUUGAGAAAGGAUUGUUUUGUAAGAUUGUCGUUCGGGAGUAUUGUUUUGUAGCAAUGACGUUGUGGUUGUAUUAUUUUAAAAGCAUGACAUUGUGGGGGUAUUAUUUUGUAAGUGUCAUUGUGAGUUUUUUCUUUGAUUUUAAGGAUAUCAUUUUGAGGGUUAUUUUCUUUUACGAAUAUCAUUGUGAGGGUAUUGUCUGGUAAGAAUAUCAUUGUGAGGGUAUUGUCUUGUAAGAAUAUCAUUGUGAGGGUAUUGUCUAGUAAGAAUAUCAUUGUGAGGGUAUUUUCAUGUAAGAAUAUCAUUGUGAGGGUAUUGUCCGGUAAGAAUAUCAUUGUGAGGGUAUUGUCUUGUAAGAAUAUCAUUGUGAGGGUGUUGUCUGGUAAGAAUAUCAUUGUGAGGGUAUUGUUUUUCAAGAAUAUCAUUGUGAGGGUAUUGUCUGGUAAGAAUAUCAUUGUGAGGGUGUUGUCUGGUAAGAAUAUCAUUGUGAGGGUAUUGUCUUGUAAGAAUAUCAUUGUGAGGGUAUUGUCUUUUAAGAAUAUUAUCAUUGUGAGGGUAUUGUCUUUUAAGAAUAUCAUUGUGAGGGUAUUGUCCUGUAAGAAUAUCAUUGUGAGGGUAUUGUCAUGUAAGAAUAUCAUUGUGAGGGUAUUGUCUAGUAAAAAUAUCAUUGUGAGGGUAUUGUCUUGUAAGAAUAUCAUUGUGAGGGUAUUGUCUUGUAAGAAUGAUAUUUUUUAGGGUAACUAGAGCUCAAUGCCAUCUAUGCUGGCCGUGACUAUCACAAAAGGUCAUCGUUAUUAUUAAUAGUAAUUUCUUGUUAUCGUUAUGUCGACUUAUUUCUUAAACGGAGCGAAAUCAAACAAAUAAUUGCAUGAAAUUACCUCAAAACAGUUCGUUUUUCAGGUUUCGAAAGUAAAUGUUAAGGUCAUGAUUGUUAUCUAUAGAAAAUAUUUGUCAUCACAGUAACGACUUCGUUUUUGAAGGAUUUUAAAGUAGCUUUAUAAAGAGAUGACAUAUGAGAGUACCUGUGUUUCAGUGUGUCAAGGUCAAGGUCAUAGUUACUGCUCAUAAAGAAUAUUUGUUAUUGCUCUAGAGAUUUUAUUUUUAAAAGGAUACUGAUCAAACUUCACAAAAUGCCCGGGUUACAGUUACUCUAUCAGAACAUAUUUUUCAUCACUUUAGUGCUCAUAUUUAAUAUCACAAAAUGCAGUUGCUAUUGUAGUGUACACAACCGGAUGCACAUGUACCAGUAUUUGUUCGGUAAUAAGUACAAUCCCGGUAAUAAGUACAAUCCUGGUAAUAAGUAAAAUCUUUGGUAAUAAGUAAAAUCUUGGGUAAUAAGUCCAGCCAUACCUUUGUAACUAGAGAUAUGUACAAAUAUUAUUUCAAUGUUCUGCAAUAAGCCCUCCCUCUUUGAGUUAUCCUUCUCAGCUUACUGGAGGACAAUUACGACCGUUGUUCUGGGAACGUGAAGGGAUUUGUAUCCGUUUAGUCGAUUGCUAUACUCUGAAAAUAGAAAAAUAAUGUUGAUGAAGAAACAUUUGUGCAUUUUGUUAUUUGAAAUACAGCUAAAAUAUCGAGUUAUAAA